CACCGCCGACAUUUUUAUAAACAUUUCGGCCGGCCUGCUUCUCCUGUUCAUAUUAUUUUAGUUACGAUUUAGACUUUUUGUUAAUGAAAUGCAUAAACUAUUCUCUAUAUAUUGGAAAUUUGGAUAUGUAAACGCGCAGCUACGGUUGUACAUACACGAGGGGGUGUUGCAUUGAAUCAGCGCUUGCAGCGGUUCUAUUGAUGUCCGAUUCGCGAAAGCAUUGUUCUUCUAGAUCGGUUGUUUUAAAUGAUUCGUUCGAACUGAUUCGACAUGCGUUUGUUUAGGAGUAAAACUAUAAUGCUAGUGACAUGUUGAGGCCAUUAGCAGCGCAAAGUGUGACACGAUAUUUGAAAAGGCGUUUAAACUAUAUUGGUCUAGAAUUGAGACCUAUUAACAAUGGUUUUAUUGCAGUAAAAAUGCACGAAUGUUUUUUUUUUGGCGGAUUACCAUUAAUUAUUACAAAACUUUGGCUACUGUAGUACAGCUAUGGUUUAUUUUUGGAACUUUUUGAUUAACUGAACGAAUAGUGACAGCAUUUAUGUAUUUUAAGAAAUAAACGGCAAUAAAGCAACGUUUAAGUAAAUAUUUUUCACUUAGUCGUGUAGUGGCGGGAGUGUUAGGAACUCCCGAAUGACAGAAACAGAAUCGGUUCAUUGAACUGAUCCGUUCGUACGAACCGAAUCGAUUAAAUGAUUCUGUCUUGGACAGAGAACGCGCGGGCACCGUCACAACAUCAGCGUGCCCACAUUUUCGGUCCACACAUGCUUUGCAAAGUGUGUUUAUAAAGUAACCCGUUGUUUAUCGUGGAAAGUAAAGUAUACAUGGAGCAGAAUGCAUUAAUAGUGUAUAAAAGUUCUGAGUGCUGUAAUGAGCAGUGAUGGGAGAGAAACACGUUACUAUAUAAACAAGAGUCUGGACAGUGAAUUCAGACCAGAAAGAUUUUUGAACAGAGCUGAUGUAUUUAAAGGGGCGGAUGACAUUUACAUUUAUGCAUUUGGCAGACGCUUUUAUCCAAAGCGCCUUACAUUGCAUUAUACUAUACAUUUGUUUCCAAGUAUGUGCAGAGGAUGAACUCUGAGAGUCAGUUUAAAGACAUUUGAACACAUUUGAGGAGUUGCAUGGGGAUUGAUUUCAAUACCUUUUAGCUGUUGUCAGUUUUCUGAAUGAGUCAUGUGCAAAUACUUGAAAAACAAUUUCCAUUUUUACAAUCUUCUCUCCCUCUUUUGCUCUCUUUUAGACUACCCAAAUCCUAGUGUGAAGUGGUGCGUUUGUGUAUUCGCUGUUGUGUGCUGUAAGGUUGUUCUUUUAAACAUGUCGGUGCGGGAGUCUUUUAACCCUGAGAGUUAUGAGCUGGACAAGAACUUCAGACUAACACGCUUCACAGAGCUCAAGGGCACGGGCUGCAAAGUCCCCCAAGAAGUGCUUCAGAAACUUCUGGAAUCCCUGCAGGAAAAUCAUUAUCAGGAAGAUGAACAGUUUCUUGGAGCUGUUAUGCCCAGAUUGGGCAUUGGUAUGGACACCUGUGUGAUUCCGUUGAGACAUGGAGGCUUGUCACUUGUGCAGACAACAGACUACAUUUACCCCAUAGUGGAUGAUCCAUAUAUGAUGGGCAGAAUUGCUUGUGCCAACGUGUUGAGUGACUUGUAUGCCAUGGGGGUAACAGAAUGUGAUAACAUGCUGAUGUUGCUCGGUGUCAGUAACAAACUCACAGAGAAGGAGCGUGAUAAGGUCAUGCCACUUGUCAUCCAGGGUUUUAAGGAUGCGUCAGAGGAGGCAGGUACAUCCAUCACAGGUGGUCAGACGGUUUUAAACCCAUGGAUAGUCCUUGGGGGUGUGGCCACAACAGUAUGCCAACCUAAUGAGUUCAUUAUGCCAGAUAAUGCAGUACCAGGCGAUGUGCUGGUCCUCACCAAACCUUUAGGUACGCAGGUCGCAGUAGCAGUACACCAGUGGUUGGACAUUCCAGAGAAAUGGAAUAAGAUCAAGUUGGUGGUCACUCAGGAAGAUGUUGAACUGGCUUAUCAGGAGGCGAUGUUGAACAUGGCUCGACUCAACCGAACAGCGGCCGGGUUGAUGCACACCUUCAAUGCACACGCGGCGACCGACAUCACAGGUUUCGGGAUCUUGGGUCACGCUCAGAACCUGGCGCGGCAGCAGCGUUCCGAGGUGUCCUUCGUCAUUCACAAUCUGCCGGUUCUCGCCAAGAUGGCUGCUGUGAGCAAAGCCUGCGGGAAUAUGUUCGGUCUCAUGCACGGCACCUGCCCUGAAACCUCAGGAGGUUUGUUGAUCUGUCUUCCUCGUGAGCAAGCUGCCCGUUUUUGCGCCGAGAUCAAAUCUCCCAAAUACGGCGAGGGUCAUCAGGCGUGGAUCAUAGGCAUCGUGGAGAAAGGCAACCGCACGGCACGGAUCAUCGACAAGCCCCGCAUCAUCGAAGUCGCACCGCAGGUGGCCACGCAGAACGUCAACACCACCCCAGGAACCACGUCUUAAUUCUGAAUCCGUGAGCCACACGACAACCCUGAGCCACACCUGAGCAUAUAUCAAAAGAAUGAUAUAUACAUGGUCUGCCCACCCUGGCCUUCGGGCGACACUUCUUAUGGACACGGUUAUAAAGCAGAAGUAAUAAGAACAUUUAACGAUUGCCCUUUGUGUCUAUAGUUUUCCGUUUCAUUAACCCAACAUGCACCUGACUGUAAGGCAGCUUCCAAGUAGAAAGAGUAAUUCAUAUUAUAAUUUUCAUUUGAUACUGUUGAUCACGUCCAGUUUUCUCUGCUCUUCCUCUGUCCCACCGAUGAAAGAAUCAACUGUUGCUUCAUGUCGCGUUUUAGGCGUUCGGUAGUUCAAAUUGUAACAAAAUUUCACAAAGCUGUCACAUGAAAUAUAGUUUGAGUUCUUUUUCUACUUUUGUAUCAGCUCCUGUUUGUUGGGAACAUUAUUCAAUUGAAGAAACCCAAGAUAAUACCUCUGAAACGCAUCAAUGUUUUUGAUGGCAGAAUGUUCGAAAUAAUGGAGACGCAGUUCGUGCCGUAUGAUUUUCACAAUUUGACAUGGACGUCAUUGUAUAUGUGGUAGAGCUGCUUUUAUAUUCUGUACAAAGCUCAUACUUCUCUCUGUCUCUCAUAUUUGCUAAUCGUUAUAUAUGUAUAUGCCUUGCCCUUCCAAUAAAUCUCGGUUCUUUUUUAAUUUCUUGAAAA